UGAAUAGGAUAGGACACGUCUUAUAACAACUAUUCAUACCAGUUGAUACCACUCUUCUUAUAGCAACUACGAUAUCUUCUUCUAGCCAGAAGCAGAGCAAAAGAAGACUCUGGUGGGGGGUGGAAGGUUCCAAACCCUCAGCUGACCGAACCUUAUUCUCCCAGCUUUUCUAUAUUUUUGAUUUGCCUCCGCCCUCAGCUCAAUCGCUAUUCACUUUAGAACAACACUAAACAGCAACAUGUCGACAGAAGCAGAGAAGAAGAAAGAGGAGUUCUUUCAGCCGGUUGGACAAGCAGUCGAGGAGAUUGCAAAGAACAGGACCGAGGACGAGGAAGACGAGGACGGACCGGUCGAGGACACUGCGUCCGAGGAACCGCAGCCUAUCCAGGAGAUUGAGUCGCUGUGCAUGAACUGCCACGAGAACGGCACGACGCGGCUGCUGCUGACCAUCAUCCCGUUCUUCCGGGAGGUGAUCCUGAUGUCGUUUUCCUGUCCGCACUGCGGGUUCCGCAACUCGGAGAUCCAGCCCGCGAGCACGAUCCAGGAAAAGGGAUCAAAGUACACGUUCGUGGUCGAGUCGAAAGAGGACCUGAACAGACAGGUCGUCAAGUCCGAGUCCUGCGACUGCGCGUUUCCCUCGAUCUCGCUCGACAUCCCGCACCAGCGUGGCCAGCUGACGAACAUCGAGGGUCUGCUGACCGAGGUGCGCGACGACCUCGCAAACGACCAGCCCGUGCGCAAGCACGUCGACCCCGAAGCGUACGAUAAGAUCGAGGAGUUCCUGGGCAAGAUCAACGACAUGCUCGAAGGCAAGUCGUUUCCGUUCACCGUCAUCGCCGACGAUCCGUCCGGAAACAGCUGGAUCGAGCUGUCGCCCGGUGAAUCGCAUACCAAGUGGUCGAAGGUGGAGUACGAGCGCACGCCGGAGCAGAACGAGUCUCUUGGAUUGGUUAACGCGGAUGCGGAGGAGGAGCAGCAGAAGGAGGCGGAGCGGCCGGUGACGCCGCCGAUCUCGAACGACGAGGUGCAUGUUUUCCAAGCGACGUGCCCGAGCUGUCUGAGGCGGUGCGAUACGCAUAUGAAGAUUGUCGACAUUCCGCAUUUCAAGGAGGUUGUUAUCAUGAGCACAGUAUGUGAUACGUGCGGAUACAAGAGUAAUGAGGUUAAGACCGGUGGCGAAAUCCCAGAGAAGGGACGCAGGAUUACGUUGAAGAUUGAUGAUCCUGAGGACUUGGCCCGCGAUAUCUUGAAGAGCGAAACAUGCGCACUGAGAAUCCCGGAGCUCAACCUGGAUCUGACAGCCGGCACGUUAGGCGGCCGAUUCACCACCGUCGAAGGCAUCCUGCGCGAAGUCAGCGAGCAGCUCGACACGCGCGUAUUCAGCGAGCAAUCCGACAGCAUGGACGAAGACCGCAAGGUGCGCUGGACCAAGUUCUUGAAAACCCUCAACGACGCGAUCGACGGCAAGACAAACUUCACACUGAUCUUGGAGGAUCCGCUGGCGGCGAGUUACUUGCAGAACGUGUACGCGCCUGAUCCGGAUCCGAAUAUGACGAUCGAGGAGUUUGAUCGGACGGAGGAGAUGAAUGAUGAUUUGGGACUUUCGGAUAUGCACGUGUAGAGAGCUGUGGAGAGCAUA